AUGGCUCCCGCGAACGAUAAUUUGGACUUUUCAGGACUUUUCAAGUUAGAUGUUUUAGUUCAUUUAGAUAUUUCUGCUUAUACUUUCUAUGAAGUGGGCCUUAAAAAGUUCUUGGCGUUUUGCAGUGACAAAGAAUUAUUAUUUUUUUAUAUCAAUCCCCAAACUGAGAGAUUAGAAAGGAAUUAUGAUUGGGAUUUUGUAGAUAAUCCUAUCCAUUGUAUGUGCUUUGAACCUAGUGGAACAUGGCUUCUUAUAUUGAGUGACAACAAAGUUCUUCUCGUUCCGUUUCUUCCCCUUUUUACACCCCAAAAUGCGUUUGAUCAUAAAUGGUCUUUAUCAAGUGUGACAGUUCUCCCUAUUCCUGACCUUCCCAAGCCCAUUUCAGUAGUAUGGUGGCUGACAAAAGAAUCUGAAAAUGUUCUGAUCAUUGGAACAGAGAAAGGACUACUUAGUUUUUAUUGUUUAGAAUCACAAUCAAUAGUUGCUCAACUAAAGAUUCCAGGAGAAAUAAUGGAUCUCCAGAUGUGUUUCGAUGAUUCCCUUGAUUUACUGAUUUUACUGAUUUCUAAAAACAAGACUCAACAUGGAAAGCUUAUAUUAGAACACAGAUCUUAUGGUUACAAUUAUCUUACUCAAGUAAGGUUACAAAUAGAAAAAGAGAAAAAAGAUGGUUUUAUGUCAUACUUAAGACAGCUAUCCAAAGAUAAAUUAACUUUGUUAAUUCAUGGUGGAUCUAAAGAUGAUAAGUCACAAAGUGACUACUCAUUGGAACCUACUGAAUAUUUACCUUUCUUUCGCAAGCGAUCAAGAAAUUGGGCUUUGUCUGCACAAUAUCUCAAUGGGAGACAUUUUCUAACAGCAUUUGAGUUAAAAGAUGGAACUCUUGUUCUUGAAAGUCCUGGUGAUGACUCCCCAUCCAGAACCAUAAGACCUAAAAUUGAAAAAGAUGAGUAUAUUCAGGCUCUCUGGUCACAUCGACUUGUUUAUUUAUUUAAGAAAAAUGAAGUGGUAGUUCACAGUACAAGUUUUUCGGUUAUUCAUGGCGAGGCGUUGUUGGGAGCCAAAAGGGAAUUUUCCGAGCUUUGGUCCGCGGAGCUUAUAGGUGACGUACGUCGAGCGCAUCUAAUGUCGGUACGGGAACCGCUGGCGUCGAAGGAAGGUUGGCGUGAACCCACCUUCCUGUGUGACUUGAAAUUGCCCAGGUUUAGCCUCGUGCCCUGCCUGAUCGUUACCGAUUCUGGCGCGUAUAUACUUAAUACUGUGUGUGACCCGUGCGAAUGGUUGGUGGGCAUAAUGACGCGGGGCGGUGUGGGCGCGGAACAAGCGGCGGCCGCGUUAGCCGCCCCGUUGCCGGCACUCUUGCGCGCCGCCGCCGAUUUGCUUAUGUCCCGGGGAAAAGUAGCACCCGCAGAAUACCUUUUCUCCCUCUCCCAGAGUCAACCUGAUUUGUGGGUGGCACGUCUUGGUGUAUUUGGCCGUCUCGACAAAUUGUCUAUGUACCAGCCAACAGGAAACCAAGGGCUCGGGGGUGCUACUAUCACACUGAAACUGCUAGCCCUGUUGUUGAAACUGGCGACAAAUAAUGUGGAGAAGCAUGAGCUGAAUUUAAAACUAACAUUAUUGAACUCUGCGAAGCUCUCCGAGUUAUCCUGUAUAGCUGCUGCAAUAGGUCUUUGGGACAAUUUGCCAACAUUCAGCAUUCAUUGUGGUCUACCAAAUUUAAUACUCGUAGCUGUGAAAGCUAGAAAUGAUAUAUGCAGAGGAGCAUUGAAUUGUCUAUUAGGACAAACAUGUCUGACACCAUUCCUAUUGGAAGAAGAUCCACAGUGGCUCUUCGAUUAUAUUGUUGAGCGAUCUAAGAAGUUUGAUACGAUAAUUUUAAAGCGAAUUUGCCUAUGGCUGAACCCGUUACAAGAUCAGUUGCGUCCCCUUAUACGUGAUAUGAAACAGGGUAUUUCAUCAAUUUAUACUACAAGAAUGCUACAAUUAAUUGCGACGUUUAUUCACGUUGCCUGUGAAUACGAAGCUAGACAUCCGUGUCCGGAAAUAUGCCUAGAGGUCAUACAAAACGUGGAAACUUGGAAGAAUCAGUUCGCACCACGAAGAUCAGUCAGUUGUGGUUUAACUCACUGGUCUGUGGCAGAUGAUGGAAACGCCAAGAUAAUGAUGACGAAAACUCCGAUAAAAACGGAUAUUAUUGGGAGAGUUAUAGAUGUCGCUUGUGGGAGACAUCACACUAUAGUGCUUACCGAAAAUGGGGUAUAUUCAGCUGGCGACAACACAUAUGGGCAGUUAGGUGUUGGCAAUUGUUGGGCGGGCGGCGUUGGUGAUACGGCCAGUAGUGGUGGCCGUUUGUUACACGUGCCGUACCAAUGGACGGCCCCGGUGGUGGAUAUAGCGUGUGGUCAUUACCACUCUGCCGCUAUAGAUGCAGGCGGGCGGCUUUACACUUGGGGUUGGGGAGUUCAUGGUCAACUUGGUCACGGUAUUAUAGAUGAUGAGCACAGUCCGAGAAUGGUCGCAAAGUUUCAAGGAAGGAAGGUAUUGUCAGUGGGUUGCGGAGCGUGCCAUACAGUUACGUUGAUGAAGAACGGUGAAGUAUGGGCGUGUGGACCCGCUAUAUUUGGUCAGCUCGGCUCCGGCAACCGCGAGAAGAGUUCUAUACCGAUACGAGUCGUACUACCCGAUGCCGUCGAAAUUAUCGCUGCCGGUUAUUUUCAUACCUUGGCGCUGACGUGUAAAGGGCAGUUAUACACAUGGGGCGCGAGUCCGCAACAGGUGCGAGCUGCAAACGCACGUCGUACCGGCUCACCCAACGCGUCCCCUAGCGACCCGCCCGUCGACCCUCACCUCGUUCCCUCGCUGGUCGAUACGCAGAAUGUUUACGGCCGGAUAGUACAGAUAGCAGCCGGUUGGCAUCAUUCGUGCUUGAUUAAUAAUAUGGGGACUUUUUACUCAUGGGGAUUAAAUUUCGAUGGACAAUUAGGUAGUGGCGAUCGGAAGCAAGUGAUUAUACCUACGGAGGUGGAAAUUUGUGAUGAUUCAAAGAAAAGCUCCCCCAAGACACCGGAAGUAGAGGACAAAGAUUUCUGUAGCAAAGCGCUAGUGGCUUGCGGCGGCGAUUUUACUGUAUACGUUAGCGAUGACGGCCGCGUCUACGCCUGCGGGAAUUAUCAACCGGCUAGUAAUAACACAGUGAAAGAGAAAACCAAUACUCGCGUUAUUAUGAUGAAAACCACUAAACGAGUCAUAAAGAUACCAGCAAAAGAUAGCAACAGCAAGUUCUUUUUCAAAAAGAUUGACAGAAUAGAUGUCAUGUUUCCUUUCAAUAUCGAAGGUUCAGAGAGGAAACUCAUUGAGCCAGCACAUAACCCACUGGUGGGUUUGAAUGAUUUCAAUAAAAAAUCGUGGGCAGAUGACCUUAUUUUAUUGUUAAAACCAUGGAUCAGCGAAGAAAAGUUAACUGGAAACUUGAAUAUGUCAGCGAAAUUUGCUUUCCACAAUGAGAUGUAUUCAAAAUGUUUGAAUUUCCUUUUACAAAACCUCAAAACUGUUCCAAAAGACGACUGUUUGUAUUUCAAUCAUACAGAGAUUGAUGAAGAUCCAGAUAAAACAGAUCAUGUUCAUAAUAAGGACCGAUUUAAAAUUACUAUAACUAAUAUAAUGUCUAAACGAAUCAAAGAGGUGUCACUAUAUCUUUUGAACGAAAAACGAUAUCCUGAAGUGGACUUCGAGUUGUUUAAAACUUUACCUUGCUGUUGUGACGAAUUUAACUAUUUACCCAAAGAACUAACUCCAAAUUUUAUUAUAAAUACUUCAGAACGCAAUUUGUCAACAAAAGCAGCGAACAUUAUAGACGAAUGCAUGAGCUUAUUCCCUGUGGAUGUGACACUUUGGGAAACAUGCUUUAGAUUGUCCAAAGAUUUUUUCAUAGACAAUGAUUUGUCCGUUCCCGAUUUGGAGACUGUUCUUCGUAAAUAUAUGGAAAGUAAUGCAACGACAAUGGCGGAUGCUAUUAUGUAUACAAAUGAUUGCAUGCAGUAUAGCGAAAUACUCUCCCCAAAAUUCUACUUGAAUAUGUGUAGCCAAGUUCUAGAUACUUGGAGUUGA